AUGAAUAAAUCACUUAAUGAUGAAGGCAAGAACAUUUUCCGAUCACUAGCUGCGAACACUAUUACCAAUUACGUUCGAUCGAACAGAGGAACCAAUAAUGUAUUCCAGAAUGAGUUCUAUUACUGCAAGAGAUACCUAAAGGAUCAUCAGGAUUUGUUGGUCAUGCAAUCGGAUAAGGGCAAUGUUACUGUUUUGAUGGAUAGAUCUCAAUAUGUUGACCUAUCCCGAGAGAUCCUUGAGGAUGACAAUCACUACAAAAUAUUACCUAGAGAUCCCACUACGUCCAUGCAAACAAAGUGCAAUUCAUUGGUGAAAAAUUUGGUCAACAAAGGGUAUAUAACAGAGUCUGAAGGGAAACGUUUAUAUAAUUACAAUGCCGUACCAGCCAGAUUCUAUGGCCUCCCGAAAAUUCAUAAGCCCACCUUAACCCUGAGACCCAUUGUUUCGUUUAUUAAUACUCCAACAUCCAAGUUAUCAAUUUACAUGGCUGAUAUAUUGGCUAGAACUCUUGCUGCCACAGAAGAUAGAUAUUUUGUCAAGGACUCCUUUUCCUUUGCGGAAUUUGCUAAAGAUCUUCAGAUACCAGAUAAUUACGUACUGAUAAGUUUAGACGUAGUUUCUUUAUUCAGCAAUAUUUCUGUUGACUUGGUGAUCUCGGCCAUUGAGAGUCGGUGGACAGAUAUUGAACAACACACUUCCAUUUCAAAAGAUGAGUUCAUUUCCAUAGUGAAAUUCCUUUUCUCUUCGAACUAUUUCCUUUUUGAUGGGAAAUUCUAUUUACAGAUACUGGGCUCCCCCAUGGGCUCCAAUUUCAUUCCAGCCAUUGCGAAAAUAGUUAUGAUAUUUCUUUUGGAUUUGAUACUGGCUAACUUACCAUUUUAUAUUCCUUUCUUGAAAGGAUACGUAGACGACCUGAUCACUGCUGUUCCAAAGGAUCAAGUGACUUACACCCUCCGGAAAUUUAACGAAUGUGAUGAGUUUAUCAAGUUCACCCUUGAGGAGGAAACAUUGGGCAGUGUUCCCUUCUUGGACACCAAGGUCAUCAGAACAAAUGAUAAUAACAUUAUACUAGACUGGUAUAGGAAGCCCACGAGUUCAGGCCGUUACAUCCAUUUUCUCUCAAAUCACCCUUCCAAACAGAAGAUCAACUUGAUUCUAGGACUAAAAAGUCGCAUUGAGAGAAUAGUACACCCAACGAAACGAGAGGCCAACUUGAAUGUCCUUUUUCAGUUAAUGAGGAAUAAUGGAUAUCCGAGGGGACUACUUUCACGGUUAAUUUACAACUCAUCGCCCUCUGGACAGCCACAGAGGGUGAGGGAAGGAAUGUCUGAUGGUGUUGUGCCUACAGUGGAGAGCGCCUCCGCCACUUUGGAACUCAGAAGAGAUGGUUUGAAGUUUUCGUCUAUUCCUCUGAUAGAGGGUGUAACUGGGUCAUUGGUGAGGUUGCUUAAGACAGACACAAUAAAAGUGUUGGCAAGAAAUGAGUUCAGGGUCAAGAAAUUAUUCAGCAGGGUCAAAGACAAGAUGGAUGUGCUUAAGAUGAGUGGGGUAGUGUAUGGUGUUCCAUGUGCAUCUUGUGGUGAAAUUUACGUUGGACAGACAUCUCAACAAUUGAAGAAGAGACUCACACAACACAAGAGUGAUGUUAAGAAUCCAAGCAAGGCAUGUGCCCUGGCAGAACAUGUGAGAAGUAGUGGCCAUCAAAUGAAUUACAACGCAGCGAAAGUGUUGGAAUGUGAAAACAAUCUCAAGAAACGGACCUUUUUGGAGAUGUGUCACAUUAAACGACAUAGUAAUUCGAUGAAUUACAGAAGGGACAUUGAAGGGAUUAGCAAUAUUUAUGCAUUUUUACUAAGUAUUGACCAGCUGUCCGGGGAGAGAGGAGUACUGAGGCCAGCGAAUGAUGGGAGCUCUGUGGUUUCAGACGUCGUUGUGUCAACCUGA